ACGCCCCUCGCCGUCAGCUCUCCGCCUCUGUCUCAGCUGGCAGUGGUUCCUCAGUGGCCAACUUUAGCCUUAUGUUUUAGCCAUGUUUCUCCCAGUUUCCUCUCUUUAACAUUGUCUUCGUGUUGACUGACAGCCGGACUAACUCCUCUAGGACUUUGUGGUUUUCCUCUCAGCCGGACUUUGUCACCUCGCUCCACCUCAGCUAACGAGGGAGCUUCCUCUCGUGGCUAGCUUACAGCUGUUUAGCUCUCAGGAUAAAACGUCGCUGUGAAGAAGACAAGCAGGCAGACAGCUUCUAUGACCUACAACUGUCUGCCCCGUUCAGAGGAUGUAUCCACCUUCAAGAAAGGACUUCAUCUCUCUGACACUCAGUGAUCCACACAGUCACUCCUACAACAAUGGCAAACACCGGAGACAGUCCUGCUGGAGGAAAUGGAAGCAGCUGUCUCGGCUCCAGCGAAGCCUCAUCCUGUUCCUGCUGGCCCUGCUGCUCAUAUUUGGACUGCUAUCUUAUCCCAGUCUGGCAGAGCAGUGGAGAGGAUUGCCUGACAGGGAUGACUGGCUGGAGCUGAAUGACAGAGAGCUGAAGGCUGCUCCUCCAGGUGUGAAGCCUGUGUUGGGUGAAGAUGCAGAUAAAGCUCCGGCUCCUGUGGCAGGGCCACAUGUGGGGCCAGCUCUCGGGCCAGCUCUUGGUCCAGAUCUUGGGCCAGCUCUCGGGCCAGCUCUUGGUCCAGCUCUCGGGCCAGCUCUUGGUCCAGAUCUUGGGCCAGCUCUCGGGCCAGAUGCAGGUCCAGUUGUUCUUCCAGAUGCUGUGCUGGAGCCCAAAGGACCAAAUGUGCCCAUUUUGCCUAAACCUCCCCUCAAGAAAAAGCCUUUCCCAAUCAAGCGAGGUCCACCAAUCCUGCAGAAAGAUGGAAAUAUGUCAGACACAGUGGGUGGAGAAAAGAAAGAGCAAGAGGUGGCUCAAGAUGAAGGAGAGGAGGAAGACAAGGAAAAGAAAAUCAUCAGCUGGAGAGGAGCAAUGAUUGAAGCAGACCAGGCCUCUGAACCUCCACCCUCACCCAAUGAGAAAGAGGCUGCAGCACCUCCAGCCCCAGCCGACCCUGCUGACCCUGUCCCACUAGAAGUUUCAACUGGGAUAGUGGACAGAGUGGAGGCGGUACGGGCCGCCUUCAGACAUGCAUGGAAAGGUUAUAAGAGCUACGCCUGGGGUCACGAUGAGCUCAAGCCCAUCUCCAAAUCCUUUGGCGAGUGGUUCGGUCUGGGAUUGACUCUCAUUGAUUCCCUGGACACCAUGUGGAUUUUGGGUCUGAAAGAAGAGUUUGCAGAAGCGAGAAACUGGGUGGAGAAUGAUCUCACCUUCAACAAGAACGUGGACGUGAAUCUUUUUGAGACAACCAUUCGUGUCCUCGGAGGUCUGCUGAGCACUUACCAUCUGACAGGAGACCAACUCUUCUUUGAGAAAGCUAAAGAUCUCGGGUCCAGGUUGAUGCCUGCCUUCAAAACCCCCUCAAAGAUCCCGUUCUCAGAUGUCAACAUUGGAAGGGGAACGGCUCACCCCCCUCGAUGGACAUCAGACAGCACUUUGGCUGAGGUCACGAGCAUUCAGCUGGAGUUCAGAGAGCUGAGCCGCAUCACCCAGGACCCGCUGUACCAGGAUGUUGCAAACGAGGUGAUGAGGCUGGUCCACAAGCUUCCAGGCAAACACGAUGGCCUGGUGCCGAUGUUCAUCAACACCAACAGUGGCCAGUUCACCCACAAAGGGAUCUUCACACUCGGAGCCAGAGCAGACAGCUACUACGAAUACCUGCUCAAACAGUGGAUCCAGGGAGGCAAGACGGAAGACGACCUGUUGGAGGACUACCUCCAGGCCAUAGAAGGAGUGAGGAAACACCUUGUGAGACAGACGGGGCCCCACAGUUUGACCUUUGUUGGAGAGCUGAACCACAACCGCUUCAACCCUAAGAUGGACCACCUCGUGUGCUUCCUGCCAGGGACCUUGGCGCUGGGAGCUCACAACGGCCUCCCGGGGGACCACAUGGAUCUGGCCGUGCAGCUGAUGGAGACGUGUCAUCAGAUGUACAAACAGAUGGAGACCGGACUGAGCCCGGAGAUCGCACACUUCAGUCUGCAGCCCAGUGACGGACGUGAUGUCAUUGUUAAGCCUGCAGACAGACACAACCUGUUGAGACCAGAGACCGUGGAGAGUCUGUUCUACAUGUACAGAUUCACCAAAGACACCAAGUACAGAGACUGGGGAUGGGACAUCAUGCAGAGCUUCAAUAGAUACACUAAGGUGCCUGAUGGUGGCUACACGUCCAUCAGCAACGUCCGAGACCCCACCAACCCCGGACCCCGAGACAAGAUGGAGAGUUUCUUCCUUGGAGAGACCCUGAAGUACAUGUACCUGCUCUUCUCUGAUGACCUGGACCAGCUCAGUCUAGACAAGUACAUUUUCAACACAGAGGCCCAUCCUCUCCCUAUAUGGCCCACUCCACCCAAGUGACAUUCUCUAUUCCAGAAGCUGUGUGUAAAGAUCACUGAGUCCUUAAUGAGUCAAAGGCUUUUACUGGCCCUCAUUCUGGAUCCACGUGCAACAACCGUCCUAGCUGGACUGCCGUACGAGCAGAGAAGCCGAUCUGUGCUGUCUACCUGUGCCGUGAUGUUUCUACAUGGUGAUUAUUUUCUUCAUUUUUUUCCAUGUUCUUAAUUUUUCCUAAGGAAAAUGUUUCUGUAAGAGCUGGUCUCCAAUGUAAAAUACACUUUUUAAAGAUCUGGUCUGACGAGCAGCAGACUGGAGAGGAGAUACAGGGAGGGUUCUACUCUGUGGGUGGCUGGGUUGGUUCUUGUAUUUAUGUUUAUGGAAACAACAACAAUGUCACAACAACAAACAACAGUCGCCCGUCACGGCUGGGGUAACCGUGGUAAAGAUACUUUAAAUUAAUUCAGAUGAUUCAGCGAUGCGUUUGGUGCAGGAAUCAAUAAUGGAAAUCUAUGGAGCAUGUGAAGCUAAUUUUAUAUCUGAACUGAUUGCUCUGGUGGAGGGAUCACACACUAUUUGUAAAAGUCUUAGCUAUGGCGACACCCUCUGCACCUGCUUGUGCACUGAAGUGAUAAAAAAGACGACAUAUUUGAUAAUCAGAUAAUUUCAGGACGUCUGUUUUGUCCCAGCCGGAGUGUGAAGAAGCGGAGGGUGAUGUGAAGUCGAGGGACGGAUUCAGCUCUGAAGCAGCUGCCUCGUUCAAAGGGAAAUGAAGAGUUCCUUAAAUCUCUUCUGCACAUCUCAAUGAAGACUUGGGACUUAAACCCUAAUCCAGAGUGUACACAAACAUAAUGAUUUAAGACAUUGUUGGUGAAGUUUAACGCACUUAAGUUCUGCAGUUUCACAGAUGAAGGUUAUGUUCUUUUGAAAUCCAGUCUGUGAUGCUUAUUGUCACAGACAUUGCUGAGUUAUCUUUCCAUGAAGUGCAGCAGUGACAGAAGUCAAGUAGUUCAUGUCCCAGUUUGAAGGCAAAGGAUAAGAGUCUGAGUCAGUUAGUCCUGGAUGAUGAUUUCUUUUUGUCCAGGUUGUUCACAGAAAGCAUUGUUUCAGUGAUGAAUGUAUACUUCUGUUGUGUCACAUUAUUUGAACAUGUUUCAGUGAGUGAGUUAACAUUCACUUUACUCGCCAACAUUUAAUUUUUGCACUUGUUUGACUUCACAUGAAGAGAAAGUAACUAAAGCUGCAGCUCAGACUUUAAAGGGAAACUCCAUCAAUUUCAAACAAUUGUGUGUGUAAAUGUUUUCUACAUAAUACACAUGCUUUCAUUCUCUCUGCUUUCACGUGCAAGAACUGAAGUUGAGUUAUUGUCUUCACUUGAAGGAGUUUGAGUCAUUGCUGUUUAGCGAUCCCUGACAACUUGAAGGAUGUAUACAGUUACGUCUUCUUCUACUUAUUCCAUCACUUCCUGUUCUUCCGCCCGAAAGGCUCCGUGUGUUUGGAUCAUCUUUACUACAAAACCAGACCGUCAUCAUUUCCUCAAUGAACUUCUGUCUAACAGAGAGCCAUAUACUGACUGACCCACAUCAUUGAAUGUGCACUACAUUUGCCAAUGCUCUGCCGUGCCUAUUUAACUGUGUUGUGCUACAGUUGUUUGGUUCUGUUCUUUUAACUGCUGCUGUAUCAGUGGUGUCUGUUUGUGAAGUGAGUGGAAGUAAGAUUUAAGAGGUUUAUUUUAAUAUGGAUGACUGACAAAUCACUUUGGUUGUAAAUAUUUUGGGUCAGUUGUUUCUAACUUGUCUCCUGAAUCAAACCUUCUGGUCUUAAUAUCCUUUGCCAUCAUGUCAGAGAGUUCUGUCAUAAACAGGAUGGUUUUUUUAUUUUUACUUUUCUCCUUAAACCCUUUUUUAACUUGAAAUUUCAUCAAACAUGAGCUUCAUGGCAGCACUAAAUGAAAUGUCAGGGAGUGGAUCAGAAAAGUGAUGAAGUUUCAUCCUCUGGAGAUCGUUGUACACAAUUUCAUGGCAAUCCAUCUGAUGGUUGUUGUAAUAUUUUAGACAGACAUUUGGUUCUGGCUCUGUCCAAAAUAUCACAAUCUUGUGAUGCUGAAGUUCAGUCCUGUAUGUCACACAUUUAACGAGAUGGAUCUCUGACAACUGAGAUUUUUUCUCCAUCUCUUUUGCUCCAUAAUGCAUGUCCAAAAUUGAAUUUCCUAAUUAGAAGAUUCAUUUAAAGGAAGCCUGACAUUGAUGUGAAGGGAACAUCUGUAAGACAACCUGAAAUUGGCCCAUUUAGGAUAUUUCACGGUUUAUUAAACCAUAUUAACGCCUGGUUCAUCAUUAGGAAUGAUGAUUAAAUGAGGGAUUUAUUUCAGUGCUGUGUUAAGAAGGUGGAAGAAGACAUGCAUUUGAUAUGUUUCUCUAUUAACCUUCAGUGUUAAUGCGAACACUUUCGACAGAUUUCAUCUUUGAAGCAAGAGUUAGAGCUCUCAUUCUCCUGUCGUCUGAUGGGGAUGACUUUAGGGACUUUCAGAGAAACACGUUUUCUAAUAUCAAGGAAAAGGCUAAGAAGAAACUACAGCUGCUUUCUUAGACAUGCUUGUUAAAAACUAAAGCCAUCCAAAGAAAUGGUGAGAAACCAAGCUGGCAGACAUCAGCUUUACCUCUAAACCUUUUGAAUUCAGUCCUCUCCCUACUUUAAAGGUCAAAUCUGCAAAAAAAAGAUGAUGUUUUUUGUCCAUACUUUUCUUCACUAGGAACAAAACUAAUGAAGUAACACGAUCAACUAUGUGUUUAUUCUUCUCAAUACUUUCACUUACCUGGCCUGUUCGAACUUCUCACUCAGUAAAUGCUUUUGAUUCUGACUAAACACACGCUUCAUUUUACAGGAAGGCCUUAACUCUGCUGUGGAAGAGGAUUAGUGCCACAAAAAAGGGAGGUUAAGCCAUUAACAAUUAUUUUUCCUGACAUAAUUUUUUUUUAGAAAUCUACAUAUUUUCUCAUCAGUCUGACUUUAAAGUUAGAAUUUGCUGGGGGUUUUUUCUUCCUUUUUUUCUGGACCAUUCUCCCAAAAUAAAUGUUAAAUUAAGGUUAAAUUAUAUUUAAAUUAUUAUUAUUAUGAGAAAAAAGUCAUAUUCUGACUUUAAUCUCACAAUUCUGACUUUAAUCUCAGAACUCUCACUUUAAUCUCACAAUUCUGACUUUUCUCAGAACAAUAAUAAUUAUAUUGAAAAAAAUUGGACCUUAAUUGAAUUUUUUUCAGUGGCCCUAAUCCUCUUCUGUACUCUUCGGUACUCACUGACUUAACAGCUGGGCUCUGUUGCUUUUAGAAGACGUCUCUAUCAAUAAAGGAACCAGUAGAUUUGUUAGGGAGGCUUUGCAGGGGUGGAUCUUUCCAUGUUGUGUGUGUUAAUGAGUGUGUGAUGCAGUGGAACAGUUCAUGUUGGAAUGAGGUGAGAUAAAAUAAAGAGUGUGUGUUCAUGCCGAUGAAGGGACACGUCGGCCAGAGUUGAACUGCUGCUGUUUGGAGACGUAUCAGGGUUUUUAGUGGACUUGUGAUAUUUGAUAUUGAUGAAAAUAUUGUGGUUGUAUAACUCAAAGUUUACUAAUGUAAUCUCCUAAAAUGCAUUAUUUAUGAUUCAAGUGGACAGAUUUUUAUUUUCUGAGGGGCUUUGAAAAAAAAACACUUAACAUAAUCUUCGAAGAUCUGUAUCCACAGAGAGAUUUAAGAGUUUUCACGUUAAAAUACAAACAACAUUUUAUAACAGACUCUGUUCCAUCCAACAAUACUGACACACAGACAGAGAGUGCAGUCCCCGUCACUGACUCAUACUUUCAUUAUUUAUUUUCCUCUUUUAUUUUUGGCUGAAAUCAGUGUUUGUGUCAGAGAGUCAUGAACAAUAUUGUGUGUUAUGAGGCUGAUGCUAACAGAGGAGAUAAAUGAAUAGAGAGGACUCAUUAGGCUUCUCUCUGAGCUCUAAUGGAAGCUCAUAAAUUCACUGCUCUGUUUUUUUGUCAUUAUUUCCCAUUGCUGCCUUACUAUUGAUUUUUUUAAGGAAAUUGUGAAAUGUUAUCCCUUUUUCUAAUUUUUAGAAUUGUUCAAGUAAUACAUUGGGAUUAUUGAGGUCGUAUAAGAGAAAUAAUGCUUGGUAGUUCAAAGUUGUUUGAAACAAACAGAGGUAGCAGGGUUUUUAAGUAAGGUAUCUGUCUUGCUACAAACCUUUUUAACUUUCUCUUCAUGGGCUUAUUAGCCAAAUGAUGAAAUAUAACUAUUAGUGUGAUUUGUAUUCAAUCAAAGCCAUAGCAAAAAACAACUCAACUCCUGAACAUGGAGGCCAACAAAAAUCAGUGUCUUUCCUGCAGAGGAUCCAGCUUCAGCGACUGUGACCCCGUGUCAGGGGCCAAAGACACGGAUCAAUACUGAUUUUGCUGGUUUGAUCGAUUCAUUGAGCCAGAAGCAAAAACACAUCUUGAUGCAGCAAGUCCCACGUCAAUAAGUCAUCAUGACAUGCAAAGUAUUUAUUUAAAUUAGGAUACUUAAUGUUUCUCAUUUUAAUGCAAACUCGUGAUUUCAGCCUCAGAAGCUUGAGCACAAAGCAUUUCAUGGUUUAGUGUUUGUAACAUGUUGUCUUAUCUGUCAUGAUGUUCACUGUACAGGUGACUCAGAGAACACUUUGUAACACAAGUUGUGGCUUAUUGCAAUAUUCACCAAUUCAACUUUCUUCCUGCAAACACAGUUUUUAAAUAAAGCUUUUCAAUGAAUAUUUUGGACUUCA